UGACCCGCCUGACUUGACUUGCGUGUCAAAAUUAUGAAAUUAUGUUUUAUUAAAUCUGACAAAGUAUGAAGAAAAAUGUCAUACUGCUGUUGUAUACUUGAAGCCAAUGAAAAGAUUAGAGAUUAAAAGACAAUUCAUAUGAAAUUUAAUAAUACAAGUAUUAGUAACGUAUAUGUUACGGUCAGGGGCAAAUUGUAGUUUAUAGUAGAUAUAUUAUGGCGGGUAAUUUCUGGCAAAGUUCACAUCACCAGCAAUGGAUGCUUGAUAAACAAGAUUUAAUACGAGAUCGACAACAUGAUUUAUCAAAACUAACAGAAGAAGAAUAUCAGAAAAUAUUUAAUUUCUUUGCAAGUAUUAUCCAAGUAUUAGGUGAGCAGCUGAAACUGCGUCAGCAAGUCAUAGCUACGGCUACCGUUUACUUUAAAAGAUUUUACGCAAGGAAUUCUCUUAAAUGUAUAGAUCCUUUACUACUAGCACCGACAUGCGUGUUUUUGGCAUCAAAAGUAGAAGAAUUUGGUGUGAUUUCCAACUCAAGGCUUAUAACUACAUGUCAAACUGUUAUAAAGAACAAGUUUAGCUAUGCUUACGGACAACAAGAAUUUCCUUAUAGAACGAAUCAUAUAUUAGAAUGCGAGUUCUACCUUUUAGAAAACUUAGACUGUUGUUUAAUAGUAUACCAACCUUACAGACCUCUAUUGCUAUUUGUUCAAGAUAUAGGUCAGGAUGACCAGCUUCUCACAUAUGCUUGGAGAGUUGUAAAUGAUUCUCUUCGCACUGAUGUUAGCUUAUUAUACCCUCCUUAUCAGAUAGCAAUAGGUGCAUUGCAUAUUGCAUGUGUUAUGUUGGGAAAGGAGAAUUUAAAGCCUUGGUUUGCAGAACUUAAUGUAGAUAUGGAUAAGAUUCAGGAGAUUGUUAGAGCAAUCAUCAACUUGUAUGAAAUGUGGAAGAAUUAUGAUGAAAAAAAGGAAAUUCAAGGCCUCUUGGGUAAAAUGCCCAAACCAUGUCCAGCACCACAGAGAUAGAAGAGUCUUAAUUAUGUCACCUUGAUGUUUUCAUUUUUGAUAAAGUUUGCUAAAGUAUGAGAAAAUAUUACUUGGCAACAAUAAGUGUUAAAUUUAAAAAAUAUGCAUUUUCCAACUCAAAUUUCUUGAUGGGAUGCUUAUUCACUCCAAAUCAUAAAUGCAAAAGAAUGCAGAUAGGCAUUGCAUAUUUAAUUCUCAUGUUAUUCACUAGGACUAGCUGACUACAGUCGUACAAACCCUGGCAACAGUUGAACAGAAGAACAAAAAAUUACAUAACACAUUUGUCUGAGAGAAUUUUAAUUUCAUUUGACAUUUUUCAUUUAAAUAAUGAACUUCUAAAUAGGAGUCUGGAAGCUGAGGCUGGAAUUUGCUCACAUCUCAAUAGAAACCAUAAAUGAUGAAAUAUUUUGAACAAAUGAAGAACCUGUUUGAAAAUAUUUGAAAUAAUUAUAUUUUUGCAUGUAUAUAUAUAUAUCUUGUAAGUGUGAGUCAAAGGCAAAAUUGCUUAGUAAAAGUAAUAUUUAAUAAUAAUGAUGUCCUUUUAUAUUCUAUGAAAGAC